CGGCGGCAGCAAACUGCGGCUCGGAAAGCGACAGAAAAAGAGAGCAAAAUGCAAGCCGUGUGUUCACGUUCGACACGUUCCGUCCGGACCGGCGGACGACUUUUGGCCUCGCGACGAGACCUUCGCAGCAGGAGAGAGGCAGCAAGCGCACGAUUGCUCAGCACGGCGGGCGUCGUCUUGAGCAGCAGAGAGUCGUCAGCAAAGCCCAGUUUGCUGGCCCAGCAAGUGUGCGCAAGCACAAGCGCGGCGGCGCUUUCGAGCAGGAGCCACCUCGACGCCGCUUCGUCCUUGCAGCAAGCGGAGCAGCUGACGCACGCCGCCCUGAUCGGAAGGGCGACGUCGCUGGUCGCCGACGGCACCGGCACGCUCCUGUCGCAGAGCACCUUCGCGCUGGUCGACGCCCUCCACGGCUACGCUGAGGCCGUGCACACGCGCAUCGCCCUGCAAAGACGUUUCCUGAUCUCGCUCGGGAAAGUCAGCCCGGCCGACGAGGACGCGCUUCAGCGGGCCAUCUCUCAACAGAAGGCGCAGGUCAGCCAGCAUCUGGACCAAUGCAAACGCUUCGAGAGCACCUGGAUCAAGGCCGUCGACUUGUGCCAAAUGACGGCGGAGGCAGCGAGCGCGUCCGGGUCGGAGCAGGCCUCCGUCAUCUUGACGGCCAACGUGCAGCUGGCGCGCUCGCACACCCAGCGAGCCCGCGAGGCGGCGGCGGCGGCGGACAAGAAGCUGGCCGAGACCAAAGUGGACGAGAUCCAGAGGAUGGCCGAGUACGCCUCCUCCCUGGAGGAUGCUGACGAGCUGGAGAUACACGAGGCCUACCUGAGAGAAGACUGAAGGGGACAUUGUCAAUCAUUUGUAACAUUCUGAGGGAACUUGAGGAGUUUUGUUUAGACGCCACCUAGCGGCAUCCCGGCAUGUCAAGAAACAAGUGUGCUCAAUCAAGCAGAUGAGACAAAAAUGGUGCUUUGGCACCACCGCUUUGGUGUCAUAGGAGCUCCGUUGAAGUGACUUACGGCACUUUGACAAACAAAUUACUUUUUGUGUCCACGGAAGUCAUUCCUGGUUAUGAAAGCUUAUUUAUUUGAUUGAUCGAUUGCUUGCUUGCUUGAUUGAU